AUGGCGAUAACUACACCGGCUCCUCAGGAAAUCUGCACGAGCUGUGGAGAUGUCUCCAGCAACGCCAUUCAAGUCCCAUGCAGUCACCACUAUUGUCUCACCUGUCUCGAACAAUUCUUCGAAUUGGCAUUAACAGAUCAAUCAGUUUUCCCUCCACGGUGCUGCAGCAGAGCGAUCCCUAUUGUCAGUGUCAGCUCCUUUCUCAAACCUAUCGUUGUGCAAACAUUCGAGAAAAAGAAGAUCGAGUUCGAAUCGCAGUACAAAGUCUAUUGCUCGUCCAAGCGUUGCUCAACUUUUAUUCCUUCCUCCAAUAUCGUCAAGGAUAUAGGCACAUGCUGGGGAAUGUCUGCAGGAUGCGUCAACAGAAGAGGUCCUUAA